AUGUCUAGUGGUUUUGCUGAAUACUCCGUUGAUCCCCCAGCCGCCAAGAAGCGGAAGCUGCCAACUGCAUCGUCGUCGUCAACUUCCUCAGAUCAAAUGGCGAAGAACAACGGAUCGACUUCGCUCGACGCGCCCCAGGCCGGAGAUAUCGAUGAGGGCCUGUACUCGCGCCAGCUGUACGUCCUCGGGCACGACGCCAUGCGCCGCAUGGCUAAGUCUGACGUCCUGAUCUCGGGCCUGGGCGGCCUGGGCGUGGAGAUUGCCAAGAACGUAAUCCUGGGCGGCGUCAAGUCCGUCACGCUGCACGACGACCAGCCGUGCACGCUGCAGGAUCUCAGCUCGCAGUUCUACCUCACGGAGGAGACUGUGGGCCAGAAUCGCGCCGAGGCGUGCUGCCAGCAGCUGUCCGAGCUGAACAGCUACGUGCCCACACGCGCGUACACGGGCGCCCUCACGGAGGACUUCCUGGGCCAGUUCCACUGCGUGGUGCUCACCGAGUCCAGCCUGGCGGAGCAGGAGCGCAUCUCCCAGAUCACCCGCGCCGCCGGCAUUGCGCUCAUCAUCGGCGAGUCGCGUGGCCUGUUCGCCAAGGUCUUCUGUGACUUUGGCGAGGAGUUCGUGGUGUACGACAAGGAUGGCGCCAAUCCCGUCUCCGCCAUGAUCGCCAGCAUCACGAGCGACAAGGAGGGCAUCGUGGCGUGCCUGGACGAGACACGUCACGGCCUCGAGGAUGGCGACUACGUGACAUUUUCCGAGGUGAACGGCAUGGUGGAGCUGAACAAGUGCGAGCCGCGAAGGAUCACCGUUCUGGGUCCGUACACCUUCAGUAUUGGCGACACGAGCAACUACUCGCGCUACAUUCGCGGCGGCAUUGCCACGCAGGUGAAGAUGCCGAUGACUGUGAAGUUUAAGUCCUUCACGGAGACCCAGAAGGGGCCGCUGCAGGACUUUGUGCCCUUCGACUAUGGCAAGUUCGAUCAUCCGCGCCAGCUUCAUGUGGCCUUUAAGGCGCUCCAUGCCUUCGUGGAGCAGAAUCAGCGUCUGCCGAAGCCGUGGAAUGAGCAGGAUGCCCAGCAAUUUGUGCAGCUGGCCAAGCAGCAGGGCGAAGAGGAUCUGGAUGAGGCAUUGCUCACCACUUUUGCCAAGGUCUGCUCUGGCGAUCUCAGUCCCAUCAAUGCCUCCAUUGGCGGGAUAAUUGCUCAGGAGGUGAUGAAGGCGUGCUCGGGAAAGUUCACGCCAAUCAUGCAGUAUCUCUACUACGAUGCCGUGGAGUGCUUGGUGAACUUGAAGCCAACUGAGGAGGAUUGCAAGCCACUUGGCACUCGCUAUGAUCGUCAGAUUGCUGUGUUCGGCAAGUCCUUCCAGGACAAGCUGGGCGCGCUGCGCUACUUCAUCGUGGGCAGUGGCGCAAUUGGGUGUGAGUUGCUGAAGAACUUCGCCAUGUGUGGCAUCGGUGCGGGCGAUGGUGGGCGUGUGUUCCUCACGGACAUGGAUCUGAUUGAGAAGUCCAAUCUCAACAGGCAAUUCCUCUUCCGGCCGCACGAUGUGCAGAAGCCAAAGUCCGUCACGGCCGCGCAGGCGGUGAAGCGCAUGAAUCCGCUCGUGAAUGUCGUGGCGCAUGAGAAUCGUGUGGGUGUGGAGACGGAGAAUACGUACGAUGACAAGUUCUUCAAUGAUCUGGAUGGGAUUGCCAAUGCGCUGGACAAUGUGGAUGCCAGGAGUUAUGUGGAUCGUCGCUGUGUGUACUACAGGAAGCCACUGAUUGAGUCCGGCACGCUCGGCACGAUGGGCAACAUUCAGGUGAUUGUGCCGUAUAUGACGGAGUCGUACAACUCCAGUCAGGAUCCGCCGGAGAAGAGCAUCCCAAUUUGCACACUGAAGAACUUCCCCAACGCAAUUGAGCACACACUGCAGUGGGCGCGUGACAUCUUCGAGGGUGUGUUCAAGCAGGCAGCCGAGAAUGCGUCGCAGUACAUCUCUGAUCCGUCAUUCAUUGAGCGCGUGAUUAAGCUGCCCGGACUGCAGCCGCUGGAGAUUCUGGAGUCGGUGAAGGCGGCUCUGGUGGAUCACAGGCCGCAAUCGUUUGAGGAUUGCGUGAAGUGGGCGCGCUUCCACUGGCAAGAGCAGUACUCCAAUCAGAUACAGCAGCUGCUGUUCAACUUCCCAGCCGAUCAGACCACCUCCAGUGGUGAUUUGUUCUGGUCUGGACCCAAGCGAUGCCCUGCUCCGUUGGAGUUUGAUCCCAAUGACAGCCUCCACUUGAGCUACAUCUAUGCGGCGGCUAAUCUCAAGGCUGAGGUGUACGGAAUCCCACAGCAGCGUGACAAGAGCGUGGUCAAGGAGAUCGUCAGCGCAAUUGUGGUGCCACAAUUCAGGCCACGCUCUGGCGUGAAAAUCGCCGUCACGGACGCCGCGAUGCAACAGGAGCAGAAUGGCAGCGACAAUAUUGAUCAGGAUCGUGUGAAGGAGAUUUUGACUGAGUUGAACAAGAUUGGGCAGCCAAACUUCCGCGUGACGCCGCUGGAGUUUGAGAAGGAUGACGACACAAAUUUGCACAUGGACUUCAUUGUCGCGGCGUCGAAUUUGCGCGCGACCAACUAUAAAAUUGAGCCAGCCGAUCGUCACAAAUCCAAACUGAUUGCCGGCAAGAUUAUUCCCGCCAUUGCAACGACCACGUCAGUUGUGGCUGGAUUUGUGGUGCUGGAACUCUUCAAGUUGGCACAGAAUUGCAAGGACAUGUCGGCGUACAAGAACGCCUUCGCCAAUCUGGCGUUGCCGCUGUUCACGCUGUCGGAGCCGAUGCCAGUGCCGAAGAGCACGUACUAUGACAUCGAGUGGACACUGUGGGAUCGCUUCGAGGUGACUGGUGAGCUGACGCUGGCGGAGUUCUUGGACUACUUCAAGAAGGAGCACAAGCUGGAGAUCACGAUGUUGUCGCAGGGCGUGUGCAUGCUGUACUCGUUCUUCAUGCAGAAGUCGAAGCGCCAAGAGCGGAUGGGCCUCGUGAUGUCUGAGGUGGUGCAGAAGGUGUCGAAGAAGAAGAUUGAGCCGCACGUGACGGCGCUGAUCUUUGAGAUUUGCUGCAAUGAUGAGUCAGGCAAUGACGUUGAAGUUCCGUAUGUGAGAUACACUUUGCCGUAAAAGGACACACACACAAAACAUGAUUUAUAUACAUAUAUUUCCUUUCUAAACAACACUACAAAAUUCAUGGCAAAUCACGUGAGCAAUUGCAAAAGAGUAAGAAGAAAUGAAUGGAAGAAAAGAGAAGAAAAUUGAAAUAAUUGAUGAAUUUGCACUCAUAUAAAUAGAUGAGAAGAAUAAGAAAGGAAAAAUCAUCUCUGCGGUAAAUAAUAUAUAUAUAUUUUAAAGAUAAUUUAUGAACGUAACAUUGGCUAUUCCACAGAAGCACUCUGAUGAUGUCUUUAGUUUUUGUGUCCCUGCCAUUCGACAUUUGUGAAUGGUUCAGGAGAGAAG